AUGCUGAACCCCCUGGAGACCGUGACCUUCGAGGGCAGGAACCUUAUACUAUUCCUCUUCACAUCCCCAGUGACGAGCAGAUUGUUGGGUGUAUGGCGAUUCGCGCAGGCGGCGUGGCGACGCAGCCGGUGGGAGAAGGCCCCGGGAGACAGUGACGGGUCUUGGAGCGGGGAGAGUGGCGUCCCAGCCAGGAAGCGCGGUCGCAGUGUUGGAGCCCUCCCCAGACUGUGCGAUGUGCUCCAGGUGCUAUGGGCGGAACGAGACCAGUGCCUGCAGGAUCUCUCCAGGGAGCGGACAGAAGACCUGGGGGUGGAGCAGCCAACACCAGGGUGCGAGGGGCUGUGGGACAACAUGAGCUGCUGGCCCUCUGCCACACCAGGCUGGACUGUGGAAGUGGAAUGUCCGCGAUUCCUCCAAAUGCUCACGGGCAGAAACGGUUCCAUGUUUCGAAACUGUACACAAGACGGCUGGUCCGAAACCUUCCCCAGGCCCGACAAGGCCUGUGGGCUUAACGUGAACAACUUGUCCAACGAGAAGCGGCAUGCGUACCUGCUGAAGCUGAAGGUCAUGUACACCGUGGGCUACAGCUCCUCCCUCGUGGUGCUCCUGGUUGCCCUCAGCAUCCUCUGUUCUUUCCGGAGGCUCCGCUGCACCCGCAACUACGUCCACAUGCACCUGUUCGUGUCCUUCAUCCUGCGCGCCCUCUCCAACUUCAUCAAGGACGCGGUGCUCUCCUCGGAUGACGCUGCCCACUGCGACGCUCACAGGGUGGGCUGCAAGCUGGUCAUGGUCUUCUUCCAGUACUGCAUCGUGGCCAACUACUCCUGGUUGCUGGUGGAAGGCCUCUACCUCCACACGCUCCUGGUCAUCUCCUUCUUCUCGGAGAGGAAGUGCCUCCAGGGAUUUGUGGCCCUCGGAUGGGGUGCCCCAGCCAUCUUUGUUGCUUCGUGGGCUAUCACCAGACACUUUCUGGAAGAUGUUGGGUGCUGGGACAUCAACACCAAUGCGUCUGUCUGGUGGGUCAUCCGAGGGCCUGUGAUCCUCUCCAUCCUGGUUAAUUUCAUCCUUUUUAUAAACAUACUAAGAAUCCUGAUGAAAAAACUUAAAACUCAGGAAACCAGAGGAAACGAAGUACACCAUUACAAGCGGCUGGCCAAGUCCACCCUGUUGCUAAUCCCCCUCUUUGGAGUCCACUACAUGGUCUUCGCCUUUUCCCCAGAGGGCGCCAUGGAGAUCCAGCUGUUCUUUGAACUGGCCCUUGGCUCAUUCCAGGGCCUGGUGGUGGCUGUCCUCUACUGCUUCCUCAAUGGGGAGGUUCAGCUGGAGGUUCAGAGGAAAUGGCGACAGUGGCACCUCCAUGAGCUCCCCAUGCAUCCUGUGGCCCUCAACUCCUCCUUCAGCAAUGGCACCAGUGGUCUCACCCACAGCACCAAGGCCAGCAUCUCAGAGCAGAGCCGGGGCACCUGUAGGACCAGCGUCAUCUGAGAGGCAUGAACAGAGGCCAAGAGGGGAAGAGCGGUUCAGGGGUUCCAGGAGGGGCAGGGACAAAGUCUGUAUAGGGUGAGAUUUGGUCAUGCAUCUGUCAGUCUGCUUGCCCUGGUGCUGUGGCUCAGUCCUGACCCUUCCUGCUGGAGAAGGGCUUCCUGACCCUCAGCCCCACCUUCAGGGACAAGGUGGAAGCCCAGUUAACAAGAGAAAUCGAGGACCUUUGGCCCUAGGCAGGCCCUCCCCCGUCCCACCGUAGCUCACCUGCCCAGCAGCUCUCACUCAUAGCCUUCCAAGACAGGCUAACCUGAGUCACAGUGGAGGCUGGGGCCCCAGGUCCCACAGUUGCCUUUUAGUAAUCCUAAGGAGGCCUGAAGCACACCUCUGUUCUUACCACUCCUUCCCCAGAGGCAGAUAGAGCAGGGAAUGGACAUUUUUGUAGAUGAGAAACAGGUUCCCCAAGGUCCUGUGACU